AUAUUUCAAAAACUCUCAUCAAAUUUCCAGCGGUUUCAAGUAAGAAGAGCUCAUGCCGACAGCUGUCUUUGGAGCUAGAUGGUUCCUACUUAGGUAUGAAAGGGCCACGAACUUUUUAUAAGAACAGUAGCACAUCAAAGGCUGGAAGCCCAGGCCGUGUUGUGUUGUCCCAGCCUUGCAGAAAUAAUCAUGAUUAUGGGGCUGAAGUCCAUCACAACCAUCAGGAGUGUCUAAAGGAAUGUCCUGUGGAAAAUGGCUUGCACAGAAAGUGCAACAAUACGAUUUCCUUAAGCAAGCAAAGGAGCCCUAACCGUAUGAAACCAGCUCAGCAGAUGGAACAGAAAGGAAGCGAAUUUCAGAGCGCAUGCCCUCAGCAAAUGCGUCACUGUUGUGCCUUUAGGCAUGUAGGGAGCCCAGGUGCCAUACAAGAGAGCCACCAUGUCAGCUGGGUACCUGGAGGACAUUCUGGACCAGUUCGUGAAAUCUGUGAUUAUUCUAGGCUUUCUCGAGUUUCUGGGCUAAAUGACAGUGUGGAUGCUGGGUCUAAAGAAACAGAGGAAGCUAAAAGGCUAUCUGAAGAAAGAAGGCAGCAGCUUCUUCUGCAGAAAAUGGAGCUGGAAAUUGAAAAGGAGCGUCUCCAACAUUUGUUGGCUAAGCAAGAAGCAAAACUACUUCUAAAACAGCAGCAGCUACACCAGUCCCGUAUGGAUUAUAACAGGUUUAGAGGCCAAGUACCUAGUUCAGAAGAUGUGCCCAUUGGUGAAGCACCAGGAGAACUUGAUCUGAUGAUGAAUGGCACCAGCAUGGGACUAAGUUUACCGGUAUCGAAAUGUGAAGAUUACUUUCCCAGGACACCACCAGUGAGCAAAGUCUCCAAACCACCAGGGAGCAGUGGCGAGAGCAAUUCGGGGAAGAAGACGGUUGGUUUUAGUGCAAAUGUUGAAGAUGGGCAAGCCCUUCUGAUGCGGGCCAAGAGGGAAGCCAGCAGGUCAAGGAAAGGGACAACUUCCGGGCCUAGAAAGGAUGCAGCCACAUCUCCUGUGCUGACAGGCAGCAAUAAAGAGCUUGUAACCACAGCCACAUCUCCGAUCCAGCAUGACACUUCACGGUAUGAAGCCUCUCUUCUUGACCUGGUUGAAGCUAUGAGUCCCAUAUGUGCCUCAGGACACCUCUACAGAGAAUCCCAUGACAGGAGCAAAAUGCACACACCUCAUCACGCGAGCCACAGGCCAUCGGCUUGGUACCAGGCCCCUCGGAGUUCCAGAAGCAGAGCAGAUGAGCUAGAAGAGAGCCGGCUUCUCGAAGAAAUUUUCUUCAUUUGACAAGGCUUUUUGGUCUACAGCCUUUCUGUAGAAUUUUUAGAACUUUUUUAUUUCUGAUUUGUUUGUGUCAGAGUAUCAUUUUUAAAUUAUUUGACUGACAACUGAUUGUCUUCCCUCCUCUAAAACAUAACUAAUUAGCAUCCUGUUUCAUUUCAGAUUUAGCAAUCAUGUUGCAGGAACAUUUUUGGGAUAGACCAGUCAGGAAGUGUUAACAUUUUUUUCUAAAUCUUUCACAUGCCAAGUAAUCAUUCUAAAAUAGAAUUUUUUUUUUUAAUGCAUAAUACUUUCUAAUAGAUUGAAGUCACAGUUUAGCCAGCCUCAUAUCGCAAGUUUAUUUCAUUAUCGAUUUUUAGUUCUGAAGCAGUUUGCAAGAACUGCCUAACACUCAAGAACCACCACAUUCUAAGCAGAUUAUUUUCUAAUUAAACAACAGCCUGUUUAAAACCUGGAAUAUUAAGGUACGAGCACUUUACUACUUUUCCCAGUGAUUCUAUGAUCUACUUUUGCCUCCAACAUUCUGAUAUUUACUGUGCUGGGAUUUCAGGGGGUAUGUCCUAAGCUCAACUACACAGUGUCUAAUAACCGUAAUAGAUGUUGUUGCGGCUUGAUGCACUAGGUAUCCAUUUGAAAUAUAUUCCUCCUUAAAUCAGUGCUAUUUGACAUAGUUUAUAUGCUGGGAAAUCUAACCCUGAAAUAGCAGAGCACAGUCAGACGUUACAGUGGUCCAAAACUUAGUUGAUGUACUUUUCAAGAUGAAAUAUACAGUAGUUGUAGGGUAAGAACACUCUUCAGACAUUUUCCCUAACUUGCACUAUUUUGAUCCUGUAUCCAGGCUCUAUUGUAAAUAAGACAAAUCAGUAAUUAUUUCUACUAGCGGCUCGCAAUGCACAUUUCCCUGCCGGCUUUAAUUAUUCAUGUUGUAUCUAUUUCAGUUUAUUUAAAUGCACUUCCAUCUACUGCAUGUACUUGGUUAUUUAAAGAAAUGUGCAGAAUUGGUAAAAAUGACUGCAGAUUACAGGAUUAAUGGUCAUUUUCUCCACAAUGCAGUGUUCAUAUUUUAUUGUAACAGUAGCCACUGGCAUGUGUUCCUAGAAAUAUGAGGCUAAAAUACCCGUUUUGCACAGUAAAAUUGCAGCGAGGGAAAGGCAGAAUUGCGCCUGUAUGAGCAAGUUCUAGGCCAUUUGCUCCCAAACACCGCUUUGUCGGCCAGCACAGCUUUUGUGGCAGUCUCUUCAGGCAACCCUGCUUAUCUUAAUGGCAGUGAGUCUCUGUACUGAUGCUUGGGGUAUCGCUGCUGCCCGCCUCUCACUCACUUGCUCUUGUGCAGUAGCUCUCACAAAGUAUUCCCAUGUUUUGCAAGGAGCUAGCAAGACUUGGCCCACAAUGCCUCUGUGAUGGGAGCAUGCACGAUAUAGGAUAUAAAGCUUAGGCCCCUAGUAGCACAGUGCUGUUAUAGCAAUGAAAUAAAGGGAGAAUGAAAGGGAAGAUGAACCUUAAAUUAUUCUGAGGUGUUUCAUUCAGAUCCAGUCUUAAUCACAAAUUAGGUGAUACCCUUUUCUUGCAUCCCAGUUGAAUUUUGAAAGCUGCCUGAAGAAGUCUGAAGAGGGGAACUGGCAUUACUGGACCAGAAAAUGACUGCUGUGGAAAGGCCUGCUUGGUCUGUCUGGCUGUCUCUAAAGUAUUAUAGUUCUUUCCAAGAUACCCAUCUGCUGCUGCAUUUCCCUCUUAUUCUACUGCCUGAGCCUCCUAGGGCAGAAUUAUCUGGUUAAAGUCCCCCAAACUGUAGGUGUCCUAUUCAAGUACAGUAGUUGGAGAAAUAGGUUUUCUCACUCAGCGUGUUUCUGCUGGCUGACUCUUGGGAAUUGAGGUGAGCGUAUCCUCCUCCUUGAGGAGGACAGGGAAAGGGAGAGGAAGGAAGAGAAAAAUUUUCAAGGAGCAGCCAGAAAACCAUGAAGAAAUGACCAGCACAUAGGUUUCAGAGGAUUUUUUAUUCUUUUUUUUUUUUUUUAAGGUUGAUUUUUUUAAAAAAAAAUAGUUCUCCAGUUUCAGUCCAAUCACUUUACUUCUCUUUUCCAGUUUGACUGCAACUGUAAUUGCCUUUUCUAAUAAGGACUAACCGACCUUUCUGAAACAGCAAAAAAAAAUAUGUAUAGCUCUUAAAAAGGUGCCUUUGUGUACACAUUCUGGAACACUGCAUGGGAGCAUUACCUUCUGUGGUUCUUUGUGGGUGCCAAUGUUUAACCACUUUAGGAUUCUUUAUGAUCCAUUUUAUCCAUUAACUAUUCUAAUUCCGAUGGUGACUUUUGACUUGAAUCUAUAUUUUAGUAGUAACUUUUUAAAAGGACAUUGUCAAGAUUGUGGGCUCUAUGCUGUGGGUGCUGUCCAUCAGUCAGAGCUACGUGGGAGACAUACCUUUAUGUUGUAGCCAAGAAUUCUAGAAUUAAGAUGGUCGAAAUAUCUGAUGGGUGAAGACCUUCGUGUUUUAACUACCUCUGAGAUGUGAACCAAGAAACAAAAGCUAUUAAUUUGGUAGAGCCUGUGAAAAAUCAUUUUUUAUAAUACAGGCUCUUGCUCUGGUCAUCAGCAGUACAUUAGGAAUAGUGUUUAGCAGUCAGUGCAAGCAAAGAUAUUUUGCCAUAAGGCAGUAACAAAGUUGAAGUUAUUAAAACAUUUAUAGCCUUAGAAAAAAAAUCAAUGAUUGUCAAGUAGGAAAGGACAAAAUCAGUAGUUAGAACUGGGAGGGGAAUUGUUUUCCAUCUACUAAAACAGUAGAGGAAAUGCAAAAAUUAAACUACCAAAAGCAAUCACUUGACAGUGUCCUUUUAAGUUUAAGCUCCUAUAUUAGGAAGCUGCCGCUGGGGAGUUAGUCCAGCCGUAGAUUGUUUGUCCAGAGUGUUUCCAGUUAAUACGCUUCAGCUAUACAUCAGGCUGUGUUUUACAUGAGGCUGUGUGGAGUAACAUGAUUCUGGCUAAGGCUGCUACCCAUACCUUCACUUUGUGUUCUUCCUGUGUGCUUGUGUCCACACACUUGCCAAGUUUGUGUAGUCGUGUCUUUUGUGCACCUUGCACGCAAUGGGCCUGUAACAGUCACGCUCUUUCCACUUUUAGCCUCUCCACUCCCACUGCUGAAUCCCAUCUUAAACCCAAACAUGUAUUAAUAUAUGUGUGUGAGGUUUUAAUGUAAUAAAUUAUCUGGGGGUUUCAUUUUAUCUUCCAGACCUUCAUUUGUUUGAAGUGUCUUGUAUUUUUUUUAUCCAGCUCAGAUGUAGCAAUUGCCAUUGACAGUAUGUUCCAAUGUCUAUGUCAUCGUAUCAUAUAUAUUCUCAAUCUUAGUUUGCUAGUAUAGAUGAACCAGUUUUAAACCUUCCCUUUCUUUCCAGUAUGUGGGUUUUGCUGUGAGAAAGACCAAGACCUCUUCUGGAGCCUGAUGUGCAGGAGGAGGAGAUCUCGGUACGAAAGGAGUUGGCUGGAGAGGAGAACGGGGGGAGCCAGCACCAGGCACUGGGGCAGAAAGACGGAAUUCAAGAGUAAGGAAGAAAGGACGGAGGUGCAGGCAAGACGGGACAAGGAAGCAAGGCAGAGAACUGCCGCAAAGGAUGACAGAAGUUAUAGGCUGAAUGCAGCUGGGCCAGCCCUAAAGGUAGAGGAGAUGAGUUGUUAAAAUUCAGUAAGCUGAUGAGAGAGAAUUUUGUGCUUAUAUCCUGGGGUGAGAAAUCCCUUAAAGCAGUGAUUCCCAAAUGAUGCAUAUGACUUCCCACCCCUUUUCGAAAUCAUGUUGCUGAACUUGGGGAGCUGCUGCCCAAAGGAUAGCUGAUAAAUCAGGGAAAGAAGGAAAUAACCCAACUUUAGCUCCUCCCCUCUACAGUAGCUAAAAAGGGAGGCCAGACCACAAGGAGGGUAAUAGGGUCGAGACCAGACGCUAACCAAUGUACGGACUACGUUUAAUUGAUAGCAAAGGAGGGGCUGGCGUGGACUUAGAUUACGAAAGAAUCUGAGACUGGAUAUAGCAAGUCUGAAUAAAGGAGAAACAAAAAUAACAAAAUUUGCGGUGAUCCAGUGAGCUCUGGAGACUUGGUGUUAAGGAAGGAGAGGAAAGGGCUUAGCUAUGCUUGAGAGAGAUUGAGCUUGAAAUAUCUAAAAGAUAUCUCUUGAAAGCACACAUGAGCCCAGGGUCAAACUCUGAAAGCUACAGUAGAGCUUUUCUGAAAUACGACCUCCAAAUGGUGUCUGAAUUUGUACCAGCUGAGGGGGAGAAGGCACAACCUACUUAGUUAAAGCCUUCUUUUUUAAUGUUACUAAAUUUAUGAAAUUGUGUGCUAAUUAGUAUAUGAUUUAUAAAUUUACAUAACUGCAUGCUACAUAAGACAACACAGAAUAUUGAAUGAGGUGAUUUAAACCAGCGAAAGUACAGAAAUCUGGGUGACUCCGCUCUGGAAAAUGCCUCUCCCAACUCGGAGUUGCUCCCUGCAUCUCUGCAAGUCUCAUCUGCUCACUGUGACAAUAAAUCUUCUUUUAUAUUGUGGCUCCUCUUAGCUGUGGGAGAAUGGUGAUCCUUGUGCAGGGUGUUUGGAAGCAGAAGUCAGCUACGAGGAGCGAGAAACCCAACUUGGUCAGUGUUGGUACUUGACAACUCCCGCAGUUGUUUGAAGAGGAUGUCACUAUGUCCCAACUGCAGCAACAGAAUGGCACUAUGGGAGAACUGGAUAUGAUUCCCAGCUUUGGGAAGGCUACUUCUUUAGCCUGUCUCCCUGGCUGUUAGAUGCAGUAAAGACACUGCACCCUAUGCAGAAUGCUUUGGGUACUGCUGGUGAAGACUGCUGAGAAGUAUAUAUACCACCACGUCUCUGAGGGGCUAUGACUAGUAUUACAGACUGUGGUGUAAGGCACCGGA